GUAGAAUUUUAGUAUUAAUAAUUUAAAAAUAAUUAAUUAUUUUAAAUUGUAAACUAGAUUGAAUUGGUAAUAAAUUUACUAAGAAUCCAAUUAAUUAAUACUGCCUACUUAAAUAGAUAGGUAAAUUUUAUAUAAAAUGUUUGUUACAGAAGAUUAAAAGCAUAAUUAAAAUAGUAGAAAGUAAUUAAUGAUUUAAAUAAUAAUUAUUAUUUUUUGAUUUAUCCUAAAAUAAUUUAAAAACUAUCUAAUAUAAAUAAUUUACAAAAGUGAGGCAACACACAAUAUUUGUUAGAAUCAGGGAACAUAAUUCACUAAAUCAGAGAUGCUCUUUUUUAUUUCUUAUUUGUAUUUUUGUUUGUUAUAAAAAUAUAUUAAUAACCUGAAUUAUACUCUAAUAUUAAUUGUAAUAUUAUUUUAGUGAUAUAAAUUUCUAUGUUUUAUUUUUCGUAAUUUAAAUUUUAAAUAUUUUUUUUUUUUUUAAACAUG